CAGAUAGAAUGAGAACUGCUUAACUGCAGGUCUCUCCAGGUAUACUUUUAAAAGAGAAAUAUUUAAGUUUAUCCUUUGAAACAGAGUGACGAGGAAAUGAUGUAUAGUUGCAGAAAAGGUACUAAAAACUGUAAAGAUUUGUUAAAAUAAUAAAUUAGAUAUUAAAAAAAUAAUAAAUUGACAAAUGAUGGUUGACAGUUGAGAAAGCGAAUUAAAUAGUUCACAGUGUAUAUAAUCCAAUGUAUUUCACAAUGGGCAAUAUUAAAAGCCAACAUUUAAUAAGCAACAUACAUGACAGUUCUUUAAAUCUUAAUGAGUGCCAACUGAGAAACAAUGCUGCUUUGUUUCUUCAGAGAUUUGUAUGUGUUCACUUCACUUUUCCAAAUGGGUCACAUUAAAUUACUAUUAGUGAAUUACAAAUGCCCCAGCAAUGUUUUUAUUCUUAGACAAAGAUUACAUCGAUUGGUUUCCAGUAUUAUAACUACUGCAUAAAAAAAUUACUCUUGCUUGCAUUGCCAUUUCUGUUAGAAUCACACUUACUAGUCAUCUUCUAAGUUCUUUACCCACCUAUAAUCUUCCUGACUUACUAUUAGGUCCACUUGUGUUACUAUUGUGUUCCAAAGAGACUGAAAAUUGCCAUAAAGCAGCAGCUAAGAAAUCUUUAAGGCGAAGGAAUUUCUGGACUGGUACUGAGUCGGCAAAUUUGGUUCUGUAAAGCCCUCUUUUAUCUUCAUCCCUGGAAAUGGGAAAAAUAAUUUUGGUUGUGACUGACAUCUCUUGAAACUACUUAAUUAAAAAAAACACUAAUUUUCAUUUGAAAAACAAAAAUUUCUAGUCCUUUAGUACCGAAAAAGAAAUUUAGAAGGCAAGCAAAAACAACCAGUACAUACUGGUACGUAUGUACCAUUACACACAUAAUACAUAAUUUCAUUAUUUUUAAUAUGUAAUUUCACUAUUUUAAGGAAAUUGCUGUUUGAUUAAUAGUGUCCUUUCAGAAUCUUAUUCGUAACAUAUUUUAUUUUUAGCCUUAGAAAAUACUCAUUUCCAGUCAUUUUUUUAUUACUUUUAGGAACAUUAUUCAUUGGCCUGACGUUUUUAACAGCUGGGUUUCAUCACAUUAACAUAAUGUGUCAGAUUUUAUAACUGCCACAAUUUGAGGCAGAAAUAAAUAAAGCAUAUUAGUUCCUUUAUUAUAAAUUGUACAUUACAGACAGAUGCACCUAUUAGCAUAUGGAUCAUUUGCAGAAGCUGUAUUGGGCACAACAGCAUAGGUCAGGACUAGUUAGCCAGUGUAAGCGUCCUUAAGUUGUGCACCUUCCAAGUGUAGGUGUGCCUCAUCUUACCUCAUGAUAGUUGCAACAUAAAAGUGCCAUGAAAAAUGUUCACAUUUUUUACUUUUGCCAUUUGGAAGUUUGCAGAGCCUGCGGCCAGCACGCACUGCUGAGCCCUCGCCUUCCCCACGCCUGUUCCUAUGGAAACUGCUGCAGCCAGAAGAGGCAGGACGAGGAAGGUUUCCAAUAAACAUUUAAAUUUGGCUUUUUCGUCAUGCUGAUUUAGGGUUCCCCCAGAAGGCAGGAAAUGCAGUGAAUAGAAAACUGCAGACCUCCUCUGGGAAAGGCAGCAGUGCUUACAGACCAGCUAGGUCAACAGACACCUUUCUCUUAACACCAGAUUUUUCACUUUCCUAGGGAAACAUAGAAACAAUGGAGAAUUUUUUAUUUUUUAAUUAUUUUUAGAGUAACACUAAAAUAAAAAUCUUGCUAGUACUACAAACGCAGUUGUUUGUGUUUUUUUUUAGGUUGCUGAUAGCAUCUGAUCCCCAGGAGCACAAUGUACUAGACAAUACGAAGUCAUCAUAUUGUGACCACGGCGUGUUGUUCAUGUGCCACUGCCUUCAAGCUUGCAGAAAUUGUAACUGGCCUGUUGAACAAAUGCAGUGCUUUAUUGAAAGCAGGCAAUGGUCUUCUACGCUUACAUUUUCAGACCCCUACAAAACUGUCCAACAGUGAGUGCUGUUAUUCUGAACAUGGCUCUUCGAAAUGGCUGGGUUUUCUUCUUUCCUUUAUAAAGGCUUUUUCUUCAGUUAGGCUGUGGGCCUCCGGUCUUAAAACUGCUCCAGCUUCUAUGCUGUCACUGACAUGCUAACACGCGCUGCUUACAGCCCUGGGAUUGAUGCAGAGCGCCCUUCUGAAAUUGCUUUAUGUCACACCUAACACGUGGUGCUACAAUCUCCUUCGGCGACUCGUGUUUCAGUCCCUGCCUUUUUUCUGGUGCCCAGACUCCUCCCCUUAAACCUGAAAAAAUACUUAAAGCAAGCACCUGUGCCACCUGGGUGCAUAUCCCUUCCUCACUUGCAAGACGGGCUUUGCCAUCUAUCUCCUAAUACGUAAAAGUUCUGGGUCUUGCUUCUUGUUACACAGCACUGACAAGUGGAUCAACCCUUGGGCUGUCGUUUCCUGGCACUUGCGUCCUUUGUGAUUAUUCAGGGUUUUUGUUUGUUUGUUUGUUUGUUUUUCCCCUAGGAAUGGAUAAAUUGGUUUUCCGUCCAUACAAAAGGCCAAAUGCUCUCUAUCGGCUGAUUUGCUUUCCUUGGGCUGGAGGUAACUGUUCUUUCUUUGCUCGAUGGGGCGAAGUCUUCAGCAGCACAAUUGAAGUGUCCAUUAUAAGGCUUCCUGGAAGAGAAUGUCGUGCUAAGGAGCCUUUUGCAAAAGACAUGACAGAAGUAAUUAAUGAAAUAACAAGUGUUUUGUUAAAAGAGCUGCAAGAAAAACCCUUUGCAUUUUUUGGUCACAGUUUUGGAUCUUAUGUUAGUUAUGCACUUGCAGUACACUUGAAAGAGGAGUAUGGACUAGAGCCGGUCCAUCUUUUUUUCUCAGGGGCAUAUGGCCCAAAUAGUGAAUAUUUUUCUGUGUUGAGCAAACUCCAUGAAAUAGAAGAUACUCGCAUUCUCGGAUAUUUUGACAUGUUAGGAGGAGUUCCUCCUGAGUUUCUGCAAAAUGAACAAAUCAGCAGACAUUUGCUAUUUACUUUAAAACAAGACCAGAAAAUUCUUGGGACGUAUCCUCUUCACGAUAUAAGAAGGAAAUACUUCUCUUGUGAUGUUACCUGCUUUAACGGGUCUGAUGAAGCAAAUCAAGAUUCAGAAGCCUGGCUUGCUGCAACCAGUGGAGAUACUGCCAUUUACAAUCUUCCUGGAAAUCACUUUUAUCUAGUGGAGCCUUCUAAUGAAACUUUCUUGAUAAAACACAUAACCAAAUGUAUAGAAAAUUCUGACAUAUGAAGGUGUAAGAUAGCUCCACAGAACUUAACGAUUAAGUCAUUCUUUCUGUUAAAUUGCAUUCAGUUAUGCCUAAAAGUAACUCUGAUCCUCCAGAACAUUUUUAUUGUAAUAAUUUAAAAGAAGUUGUUCUGUUAUGAAAAUAAACAUUGUCUUCAUGUCUUAAAAGUAAAAACUUUUCAUCUUGUCUUUCUUUUCAUCUCACACAUGCACAAACACUUCACUGUAUUCAAUAACAUCAUUUGCAAAAAAGACAGCUGUUAUUUUACUUUUAGAGCUUCUCUGUAUGCUACUGUAAAAAUGCUAAGCAUAAUUUAACAUUGACAAAAAUCCACAAUUCUUAAAGAAAUAUUUAUUUAAUAGGUUCAAAUUUAUUUAGA